AGCACUAGACCAGUUGUUGAUACUUUGUGAAAACGGUAUCGAAAUAUUUUUAUUGUGACAAAAACAUAAUAGCGUCUUUUCUAGGUACAAAAAGCAGACAUAAAACGGUGGCAUUGAAACUGCUACAGAAAAUUCUGCAGCAGCACAUAUGAGCCACUUCUCCACAUCACUCUACCAAAAAUGCGGAAUAUUGGCUCCGACAUAAACAAGUCCAGGGAAUCGAGCACCAUGUGUGCCCUGCCAUCCUCGCAGCCUCCAACCAAGAGAAAGGAGAUCUACAAAUACGAGGCACCAUGGACAGUGUACAGCAUGAACUGGAGCAUCCGGCCGGACAAGCGCUUCAGACUCGCCCUCGGAAGUUUUGUGGAGGAAUACAACAACAAGGUUCAGAUUGUCUCCCUUGAUGAAGAAACAUCUGAAUUUACUUCAAAGAGCACAUUUGAUCACCCUUACCCAACUACCAAGAUCAUGUGGAUACCAGACUCUAAAGGGGUAUUUCCUGACCUGCUGGCCACUAGCGGAGAUUAUCUACGAGUGUGGCGAGUCAGUAGUGACAAUGAUACACGAUUAGAGUGCCUACUUAACAAUAAUAAAAAUUCAGAUUUCUGUGCUCCAUUAACGUCAUUUGACUGGAAUGAAGUCGACCCUAACUUACUUGGAACCUCAAGUAUAGACACAACCUGUACAAUAUGGGGCUUAGAGACGGGGCAGGUGUUGGGGCGCGUAAAUGUCGUAUCCGGCCACGUAAAAACACAGCUUAUCGCACAUGACAAGGAAGUUUAUGAUAUCGCUUUCAGUCGAGCAGGAGGGGGGCGUGACAUGUUUGCUAGUGUUGGUGCUGAUGGCUCCGUGCGGAUGUUUGACCUCCGACAUCUAGAACAUUCCACCAUUAUAUAUGAGGACCCGCAGCACCACCCCCUGCUGAGACUGGGCUGGAACAAACAGGACCCUAACUACCUAGCCACGAUGGCCAUGGACUCACUAGAGGUGAUAAUACUGGAUGUACGAGUACCAUGUACGCCGGUGGCCAGACUCAAUAACCACAGAGCCUGUGUGAAUGGUAUUGCCUGGGCUCCACAUUCUAGUUGCCAUAUCUGUACUGCAGCUGAUGACCACCAAGCACUGAUAUGGGAUAUCCAGUCAAUGCCUCGGGCAAUUGAGGAUCCAAUCCUGGCAUACACGGCUGGGGGUGAAAUCAACCAGACACAGUGGUCCUCCACACAGCCAGACUGGAUCUCAAUCUGUUACAAUAACUGUCUCGAGAUACUGCGCGUCUGAGACAGCUAGUGUUAGUUCUUUUUGGCAGCCAGUAGUGGCCAUCAAGUGUGUAUAAGUGGUCAGCACAAGCUAACAUUGAUACUGCCUAAGCAAUCUCCGACAGCUCCUGUAGAGGUUCUGUCCAUAUAUCUGUAGAAGUACGGGAUCAUCAUCCUUUCAGAUGGGGACACUCUACUACGUACUGGCGGGUUAUGAACUUUACAGAUUACCUCCUAAAAUUCUGGCCAAUAUGCAUGGCAGUGGUACCAAUAUCAUUAAUAGGAAACUUGAUCUGUCAAACAGAUUUCGCACGACAAGAAAAUGAUAAGUACUUGCCCACAAUAAGUGUGAAAAUGACUCAAUUUAGUGUUUUUGUACAGGAUAGCCAUAGUAUCAAACACUAGAUAAAUGAUUAGUUUAAAGAUCUUUUUCCUUAAACAAAUAUAACUUUGAUUUCAUCAGAUAUUUAAAUUACAAUGGAAACUUUUGAGACACUUUGUUUUAAUAGGGAAAAUAAUACCAGAAUCUUCAACUUUGUUUUAAUAGGGAAAAUAAUACCAGAAUCUUCAACUUUGUUUUAAUAGGGAAAAUAAUACCAGAAUCUUCAUGCCAGAAUUCAGUAGUAUGUGUACUAUAACGGAAAAGUUUGUUAUUUCUGGAGGAAAAUCCCAAGAAUAACGUUUUCCUUGAUUAAUGAGACAAAAAUUUAUAACUUUUGUGGAAUAGGAUUAUCCACAAAAUGGCUGAUUCAGUGUAAACAUAGGUUCCCGUGUUCAGUAAAUAGAUUUCCAGAAGCUUGUAUUCCAGUCAAUAAGACUCUGUAUCACUGAAACGUUUUCAUGGUUUGAUUGAAUAAUUUUAGGUACGUUGUACUAUUGUAGAAGGCUGCAUGUCUCCAUAGUCAUGUAAAUAUAUAUAUAUAUUUCAUCACAUCCUCUUUCAUACAAUUGUCUAUGUAUGCUGACUAAUCCCAAGUAACAAUUGCAUGUUUAUAAUUUCCAUAAUAGACAAGCUUUCUUUAAAAAAAGAUAUUUAUACAAAAAUGAUCACUUGGACACUCAUUUCAAUUUUUAUGAGGAUUUAACAUUUUUUUUACGUGUAUGGCAGUGAAUUCAAUGCUGCUUUUUUUUAAAGUUAUGUACAUAAUUUCAUUUUCAUUUUGUCAGUAUUUAUGUAAUGAUGUUCAUUUUUUUUAUUCUUAGGUUUCUGUCAAGUUAAAAAUAAAAAAAAGGCCAAGAGUUUAUAUGUUCACAAAAAUGUUCCGUUUUGGUGACUUUGUUUGGUAGAGGCAGAGAGGCCUCUGGUUGCCGAUAUAGUAGUUUUUAUAAAGCCCUUAUCUAUUGUUGUUGUUUUGUCUUAUUUAUUAGUCGUAAUUGAGCUGUUCUUCAUAAAACCAAAAAACUUGAGAAGUCAGUUUUCAAAAUGUGUAUACUUUUUUUUUUAAGUAUUUGUUGUAUUUAAAAAACGUCUUUUAUAAAUACAGAAAUUUUCUAUCAGUACCAGGUACUGUAACAAUAAAAGAAGCUGUAAUAUUUGUUGGUACUUUAUACUCCUAUUACUUCUAAAGGGCUUUUUGAAAUCCACACAAAUUUGUCUAUGGCAUAACACUUGUUUCUUAUCUACACAAGUAGCAGUCAUGUUACAGCAUUGUGAUCAUGAAGAUAAAAGUCUAUGAAGGCCCAAUUGUGUGUUUCACUAGAAUGCAUUAUAGUAAUCUCUUUUGAUCACAGAAAUAUUCUUACUAAUAACUCUAAUGGCCAGUAGAGUUAUGAUAUUCCAAACAAGUUUCAUUUUUGCUGUAUUUGCAGCUUGAAAUUUGUGUUGCCAUUUUGAUACAAACUUUUUGUGAGAAUAGAAUUUUGUGAAACUAAACUUAUUUUCAAAAUCUGCAGUGUAUUGUGUUUAACAGUAUCAGGGCUGGGUUAUAUGAUCAAAGCUCCCUUCCUUGUUCAGUUUACUGAUAUUAAUUAUCAGCUGAAUAAAGUGAAAACAUCGAUUCUCCAUUUCAAUUUUAGCCUUGCGUGACAUGCCAUUUGAAAAAUAAGCAUUUUAGCAUGGAACUAUGAUAUACUCUUGAAAUGCACUUAAAUAAAUAAUAAAAAAGGGGAGAUAAAAUUUAGAUGAAAAUGCCAGAUCCCCCAGACAUAAUCCUUUUGGAAACUGAUACUUUGUGUUGUAGUUUAAAACUUUAGGAAAAGUUGAGUAAUAUUACAAUUCAUCAAGCUAUAUUAUUUCCUAGAAAGUGUCAAAUACAUAUUAUCAUGGACUCAAUUCAUUUCACAGUCAUGUACUGGUGUUCAUUAAAAUGUCAUUGAAAUAAAA